CUCUGGCUCCUGAGCAUCUUCCUCGCCCAGCAUCCCCCGAGCCCCGAAACGAGAGGCGGCGGCGGCGGGCGGCGAGACAAAGCAAAGAUGGCAGGGAUCCUCGCCUGGUUCUGGAACGAGCGCUUCUGGCUGCCGCACAAUGUCACCUGGGCGGAUCUGAAGAGCACCGAGGAAGCCACCUUCCCCCAGGCGGAGGACCUCUACCUCGCCUUCCCCCUGGCCUUCUGCAUCUUCAUGAUCCGCCUGGUUUUCGAAAGGUUUAUAGCCAAACCGUGUGCCUUAGGCUUAAAAGUCCAAGCCAAUGGACCACAAAAAGCUCAGCCUAAUGCUAUUCUUGAAAAGGUUUUCACUGCAAUUACAAAGCAUCCAGAUGAGAAGAGACUGGAAGGGCUAUCCAAACAGCUGGACUGGGAUGUACGCAGUAUUCAGCGUUGGUUUCGACAGAGGCGCAAUCAGGAAAAGCCGAGCACUCUCAGGAAGUUCUGUGAGAGCACGUGGCGACUUACAUUUUACCUGUAUAUAUUCACUUAUGGAGUCCGGCUGCUGAAGCAGAGUCCCUGGCUGUGGAAUACUAGGCAUUGCUGGACCGGAUAUCCUUUGCAGCCAUUGACACCUGAGCUUCAUUAUUACUACAUAGUUGAGUUAUCGUUCUAUUGGUCCUUAAUGUUUUCUCAGUUCACUGACAUCAAAAGAAAGGACUUUGCCAUCAUGUUUUCCCAUCACAUUGUAACGGUGAUUUUGCUGACCCUCUCAUACACAAUCAACUUCGUGCGUGUGGGGGCCUUGACGCUGUGUCUUCAUGACUCGGUCGACAUUGUGCUGGAGGCAGCCAAAUUGACAAACUACUGCAAGUGUCAGAGAGUAUGCGAUACCCUCUUUUUCACGUUUGCGCUAAUUUUCAUUAUUACAAGACUUGGAAUCUAUCCUUUGUGGAUACUGAACACAGUAUUUUUUGAACUGCCUGAAAUUAUUGGCAACUUUCCUGCCCUGUCAAUCUUUGCCAUUUUACUUCUGAGCCUUCAAGUUAUCCACUGUUUUUGGUCUUACCUAAUAGUAAAAGCAGCUUACAGAGCUAUUUCAAAAGGCAAGGCGAGGGAUGACCGCAGCGAUGUUGAGUCAAGCUCAGAUGAAGAAAUCUCAGCUCCUCAUUCAAAGGUCUCCCACAGCUCGGCCACCACCAAUGGGACCAGUGGAGAGAAUGGGACAAACGGCUACCUCACCGGUGGCAAUUCUGUGGAGGAACACUAAUUUCCCUGGAUUAAGCACUGAUACAUGAACAAAAUGAACUGUUUGCUGCAGGAAGUACAUAAGUUAUGAAUGCUGGGUCUCUCCCCCCUACCCCCCCCCCCACUUUCCUUAUUCUUUAUCUCGAAAUGAGAAAAAAAACUUAAUUAUUCUGAUAGUGCACUGCGUAUUUCCUGUUUGUGAAUGACAGCGCCACACCAUUCUCUAUACGUAGGCAUGCUGUAUUUGUAUAUUUAUGACUGGAUGGGAGCAGUAUUUUCUUCUGUAGUCAUUGAAUAUUAUUUGGAGGUGACUUGCAAGUGAAAGGGAACUUCCUGAAGAUUUUCUUUUGGUCUUCAUCCAAGCUAGAGAUGGCCAAGUUGAGGUAUGUCUUCUUCCCACAACGGGCCCGCUUGGCCCAAUACUUUCAGCAUCUGCUUGCUCCUUCAGUUUUCAGACCUCUUUGCUGUUUUUAUACUGAAGGAUGCUGGUUUUCGAGAUUGCCAGUACAAUCACAGUGGGUGGUCACCGUCUCCCAUUCCCCUCCUCCCAGUAUGAUGUUUUUAAAACGGUGUGUUCAUAUUUAAGUAACCUCUAGCAGGGAUUGGUUGAAUGAUUCAGACGAAACUGUAGUUACUGUAGGAUGAGGUUUUAGCAUUAUUCUAAGCUCCGAAGUUGAUGGUGAAUUAGCCUAGAAUAGACUUCAGUGUUUUGUAAAUGCCCUAGCUACGUUUACAUAAGGACAGUGGACUCUUCUUGCAAAAAUGUAAUCUCUCAACAAGAUUGUUUUAUAGCUAUCCUAUCAAGAUGCUUUUUCAGGGUGGGAGAGGAAGCAUUUACACCAGCCUGAAAGUUACACUUGAUAUUUGAAGAGUUAGAACAAGGAUAAAUGAGACAGGAAAAAAAUAAUUGUCCACUAACACGGGUCAGAGGCAGAGUAUUAGAACUUAGAAUGUGUUGCAGCAGAGUAUUAGAAAUGUGUUAAUUUUCACCAACUGCAGAGGUGUUGGUAAAACUGGCUCUGGACUGUGCCAUUUCAAACGGAGGAGGGUCUCUCACAUGACUGAAUGCUUUUCCAUACAAAAUGAUUCUGUGCAUGAGGAAAACAAGCAUGUGAAGAGAAGGAUCCAGGGCUGGAACCGUUCCAAAUCCUUCUAGUAGGCUCGUUUUCUAUAUGUACGGAAUUAUUUUGCAUGGAGCAGUAUGUCAUACGACACCGCCCUUCCUGCAGUCUGCAGUUCAGCCCAGACAGAUUUAGAGCCUCACUGCCUACGGGUGGAAAAUUCAGCCUUACACUAUUACCUAAAUUUUAUUUUAGUGCAUACAUUUCCAGACCAGUUGAGUGCGACUUCAGACUAAUCCCCACCUGAAACUUAUCUCCUUUCCCCAUGCGUUCUCGGCAGGUGGUGUGCAUGGUGCACAUCCAAGUCGCUUUGAUUUGGAGGGUAGAGAGCAUUGUUUCGUUUCUUCAAAACCAUUCAGAUUUAACUGGGGGACCACAGUGGCCAGCAGUAGUCCUACACCAGUCCCCACCACUAGGAGGGACAGCCUCCUCUGCCCUAGCAAUGACUGCAUAAGCCUCAUCGCUGUAUUUCCCCACUGCCACCACCAUUUGUGUGGGGAAAGAGGUGCCUUUAACCAUGUUUCCAGAUGUAGUUUGCCAUGUUUCCAGAUGUAGUGCCCAACCUAGGAGCACAAGAAACUGCCUGCUGGAUGUGCCCUGACAGAAUUCAAUAUAAAACCUCUGAACCUCAUUUUAAUUACUAGAGAAGUAAAGCUGGAGGUGACAUUCCCCUUACUUUAGUGUUAGCAGAAGAGCAAAGGCGUUACACCUUUAAGGAUUAGUAAUGUUUCCAAGAGAAAACAGGAGGAGUUCGCACCGUACUAGAAAACCUUCGUUCUUUUUGUUUUUAAUCUCUUUUCAUGUGAAGUUUCUUCAUUUUCAAAAAGUUCCUUAUCACAGAAGAUAUUUCUGUACCUAGCCAAGCAAGUGUCAGCCAAUUACAAGUUUUCUUUGCGUGUUUAUCUGCAGUUUGGCUCUCUACCAGUGCUAAUGCACAGAAGAAAUGUGUGUACCAAAGAACUUCAAGCAGGAAUAUAGAUGGGAACACCAUGGAAGCAGGAAAGUGCCUGCUGUGAAUCAUAAGAUCAGUGACUCCACUACAAAUCAUUUUGAAUCAGAAUUUUUGUUUCCUGCUACACAUCUCUGCAACUGAAUCGUCUGUAAACAUCUUGUUGAGCCAUACAGUAUUUUUUUUUAACAUGGCUUUGUUUUGUACUGGAGAGAUCAGGGAAUGGCUGUUGUACUUUGGAGAGGAAAGAAGGUGCCUUUGACCUCACAUCCCUUAAUCAUUUCUUAUUUUAUUCAUAUGGCCAUUUUUUAAUUUUUGAAACCGACCAAAAUUGAAAUCUUCUUCUCCACUCCCUCCAGUGAAUUUGGGUGUGCUGAAUUGUUCUCAUAAAUGCUUUGAUGCUGGUCCAGGUUGUAGCUCUUUGUGUCUUAGGAAAACAAAAUCUUUGAAGACUUUGAGAUCCAGGUGUUGAAUUUUGGAGAUAGAUCCCAUGCAGGAUUUCUGCAAAUGGAGGAGGAUGUGGUUCUCACUGAUUCCCGCCCCCUUCUGCUGCAGACCUCAGACUCUGCCCUUGUGCUAUUCCUGAGGAUCCCCUAGUCCCCCAAAAGCACCAUUUCAGAGGUCGUUUUGCUCUGCAUCGGGAGGGGGAGUUGAGGAAAGUUUGUUCUAGUGGUAAUCUCUUCUGUCAACAGAAAUAUUCUGCAGGAUCCAGGCCCUGCUUCUGAACCUCUUUGGCAAUGUCAAUUCAACACGCACACACACACACGGAAAACUUACAACAUGCUAAAAAUUAGCUGGGCUGUUGUCCCAAUGGAACGGCCAGGAUGGAGAAUGCAAAUGAAGGUAGGAUAGAGAGGGGAGAGAGACAGUAAUCCCAUGAUUACCUGCUCUUUACGUAUUUGCUGAAAAGCCAGAAUCAUGGGUCAGGAGUAAAUAAUACUAAUAUCCUUUGUAAGUUAGCAUAGAGGUUAAUUACCACUAGAGUUCCUAUUACCAUCCCCACACUGUCGUUCAGAAGCUAUCACAAGUUGGGGUUUGCCUCUUAUGUACCUUUGCUGUUACCAAGACUAACAGCACAAUCCUAAGCAGAGUUACUGUAGUCUAAGCCCUUUGAAAUCAAACCUGUUGAAAUCAACUUCAGUGGGCUUCGACUGGUGUAACUCUGCUUAGGAUUGCAGUGUAAAAAGCCAAACCAGACCUGAUGUUGGCAUUUCUAGAAAUGGAGAGCCUCUUUUUUUUUCUUUAAAAAAUAGGUGCAAGGGGGCCAGAUUGUGAUUAGGACCAUGAGAAGAGGCCUCCUCCACUCCCAGUGCUAUUUUUCCGACCCGAAUCAUUCCCAUGGAAAAUUUGCCCAGUUGGGCAAACAUGAAGUUAUCCGUGUCAGUAUAUGCAUGUUGCAGGUCAGGAAAUAUUGCAUGUGCUGAUGAGCAGGAGGUUUAAAUUCCUCCAACUGCCCUGGCCCUGAUCAAAAUUGGGCUUGCUGUGCUCUUGCUGUGUAAAGAACUGACAUUGUAAGCUCCACUGAGCAUCGCAUUAGGUUUGGCCCUAACCCUACAAAGUGGGAUUCCUCUACCCAGAAUGAAGGGACACGCGGAUGAAAAAUUAAACCUGCAUGGGCGUGAAUGAGAGGCUGCGAGUACGACCUAAUGAACAUAGGCAGAUGGUCAAAAUGGGAGAUGCAUUGGUAGUCAUAAUUAACUUUGCUGCUAAUGAUGAAUACUGAUUUGGGGCGAGGGAGGGAACUCUGUUGAUUGGGAAGAUGGAAUCUUUCAAAUGUUUAACAAUAUUACUUAAGGAGAAGUCUUGAACAGAUAGCUGGUCUUUUCUGAACUCAUAGGCAUUAUCUUAAAGGGGCUAGGACUGAUAGCUGCUAACCGUUACAAUUCUUUUGGUUAAGUUGAGAUGAGAUGCUUGAAAGAAGGGACGCUCCUGAGCUUUGCCUCUGACCACUUUUUAAAAGUAACUGGACUAUAGAAACUGUACCUGAUCUAUCUAAUGGUUGUUACAACUUAA